AUGGCUGAACGACAUCGACUUCUGCUACAAUCUCCACAAUUGACGGAGAAAAAUACCCCCCGAUCUACUACUAGAACGUCCACAUCAUCGGGAUAUAUUCUGGGAUUAACAUCUUUAUCUUCUUUCUAUGCUGCAUCGGCCUCUGCUCCUUUCAAUGUUAUUGAUAUCAUUGACAAAUCCACAUUAAAACACGUACAAACUCUAUCUGGACAUGAAGUCGGGACUACUUCAGUUCACACUACGUUGAAUAUGGCCGGAUUCGCCAAAGAAUACUUAGUUUCCUCUGGAAAGGACGGGAGUGUUAAAGUCUGGGACGAACGAUCGAAUUCACACAGUAUCAAGAUGACCAACCUUGGAGACAGGCAUGGCUUGCUUUGCUGCGAUGUUUCUCCGGACGGAUUAACAGUUGUUGCUGGAACCGAAUUGAAGGGCGAAGAUGCCUCAAUUUUAUACUGGGAUCCACGUCAACCCGCGACUCCAGUGCGAACACACUCUUCAACUCACUCGGACGAUGUUACCACCGUUUCUUUUGCCGGUUCCAGAGAUCCCGCUUCAAAUAACAACAUUUUGCUUUCUGGCUCAUCAGAUGGUCUCAUAUGUACUUCAAAUGCCGAUGAAGAUGAUGAAGACGAGGCUGUCAUCCAAGUAGGCAAUUGGGGAUGCAGUGUUUCGCAGGCUGGUUGGAUACCCGGCGCCUCGUCUGACGCUGCUGGAAUAUGGGCAGCAAGUGAUAUGGAAACUUUCAGCACAUGGAAAAGUGAUUUGGACCAACUUUUAAGCCUAGAUAUCCGUUCGCCAGUUCUCCAUCAACAUCGGACAUGGGUCACAGACUACCUGAUCACAGCCCACAGUUCAAGUACGUCAAGCCCCAAACUUGGUGUAUUCACCGGCUCCAAUGAAGGCGAUAUCGCUCUGUUAUCAAACAUGAACACCUCAGUUCCCGAUGCCCCUUGGUGUUUACACAAACUCUGGACACAUGGCCACGUCGGCGUUGUACGUGCCCUAGUAUGGGACGAAAAGAACCAAACAUUAGUAACCGGAGGAGAAGACGGUAAAAUAAACGCCUGGCCUAUUCAGCCAGUAGACUUGGACCCGGGUGCUAAGGAAGAGGACAAUGAAGAUGAUUCCGAUGAUGCUAUGCAGGUGGAUCCGAAACCUCGCAAACGUGAAUAUGAGGCAGACGGGGAUAGGAAAGGUAAAAAGGCCAGACGCCAUUUCAACCAUCUCGCCCUGUCCUCUGUUGGGUCCUUCUUCACUAGUAUAUCCUCGUCGAAGUCGUCCAACGAGGGCAACGAUUCUUCUUCAGACGGUGGUUCUACUGGAAAAGACCUCGAUACAACCCAACAAUCAACCACUCUGGGAUUGACUGAUAGUUGUAUAGCGCAAACUGAGAAUGAUACUACACCUCAUGCAUCAGACUGUCAUUCUCUUGGGCAAGACUAUUACUGGAAUCACCAAUUCACAACAUCUCCUGACAACAAUGUGCCAUUCAAUGGCAUACAUUCUAGUACCAAACCACCUCAUAAGGCGCAUAUAUCCACAUUUCUCUCAGAAAGUCAGCAUUCAUUUGGCGGUUUGUCUCGUAUGCGACAUCUCUUCGACAGAAAUGACUUUUGCGACUUCGAUGGUGCCUCUAAUUCGAUCACAGUGACUGCUAUGAACUCUGCCCCACUGGCUUCAAUUGCGAUGUUUCCUUCUUCUGUGCCUUCGUUGGAUGGAUCUUUUUUUUCUACGCCUUCAGAAAGCUACUCAAUACCACAAACUCACGUCCGCUUUGGAGAUUCGGAAACACCUCCUCUCACCCCUGAUUUGGCUGGAAAAAAUCUUGGCCCCCUACUGGAACCAUCUUUAUCUGCUUUAUGUCCUUCCCGCUUCUCUUCAAGAUUCACAAUAUUGGAUGCAUCGGAGAAUAUCGCUGCUGAAGAUGUUGAAGAUGGCGCGAUUUAUACUAGUCCAUAUCUAUAUGAAAUCAAAGAAGGCAAAAAACCGGAAAGGAUUAAUGACGUGGACCAAGAUAUUGGCUGCGAUCAUAAUUCCGAAUCCUUAGUUGCGACUGAGGGCCCAGAUGAAUGGUAUGGCAUGGAGUACACCCUCGAGAUGAGCUCUAGAGAACGACAACCUUUGGAAUUGCAAUCCCAGUCUUUUUCUGGCGGGGAACAUUCUAGGAGUCGUGAGUCUUGGGCGGCCAUUCGCCGGGGCACGGUCCAUCCAGUUUACGAGGAUGAAGACUAUCACCGGUGGAAAAAUUGGCAUCGAUACCUGGAUCGACAAGCAGAGAGAAAAAGGCAUAAAAGAGGCUAUGAAUUCAAAUCUCGUUCCAAGCAAUUAGCGUGGUUAUAUGUCGAUGAGAUUCGAACGAGAGAUAUCAUGUAUUGGCAGAAGGAAGUAUUUGGAGUCGUGGCGCGAGAUGUUAAAGAUCGGUUACAGUAUCUUGUUGAACUCCGCCCAGACCCUUUUUUUCCACCUCAGAAACAUGACUGGUCGUGGUGUCUUAAACGCUCGAGAUCUGUCGCCUGUGUGCAAGAACUGAAAAUGAAGUCCAACUUUUGA